AAAUCAAGAGAUUUGAGUGCUAGAUUUAAUUCAGCGCUUGCAUCACUUGCUUUUGGAAAUGGUGAUUUUUAUAUUGCAGAACAAUUAUUCACAUCUAGAAAUCAAUUGCCAAAAAAUCCAACCGUUGGAUUUAAGUUACUUGCAGACAAAGGUAUAGAAAAGAUUGUUUUAGAUUUAAGCAAUAAUUCUGAUAGACAAAUUAUUGUUGCACACUACAUAAAUAAACUCUUAUUUCCAGAUAUACAAAAUUUUUCACUGAGUUUUAAGCAAAGACAAACACUUCAUUUGAUAGUGUUAUGGACUUUAUUGGAAAUAAUACAUAUAUUUGUGGAGAUGUUUAGGUUAACUACACUUCAAAAAGUUUUAGAACUUCCAAUACCUCCAAAACUUUCUUGGACUGAAAAAGAUAUUAUAAUUUUGACAAAUGGAUUAUGUUAA